CUCAUAUUUUUUAUAUCGUUAGGUCUACAAAGUAAUGUUAAUGAAUUUGGAAGUCAAUGUUUAUUUUAGACAAAAUCGCUAUGUAGUUCAUAGUUGAAUUAAUUCAACCCAUAAAGUAUGGGGAAUCUCGUUGCAAAUUUUGAAUUUUAUAAAUUUUACUCCUGGAGUAGACACAUGUUUCAAAUUUAACGUCUGACCGUGGAUAAGAUGUUGAAGAAGGUGAAACCAAAGCAAGAGAUUGAGCAGAAAAAGAAGGUUGAAGAAGCAAACUGUGCUGAAGUAUACGAAAAGUUUGUUGCCUCUUUUGAAGGAGCAGCAUCCAAGGGAAAAACUUUUGUCAGAGGAAAUGUUGUUAAUCCUGGUCAAAAGAAAGAAAUAUUGUCUGAAAAAUCUGGGGAACUCUAUACACUAAAAGCAUUUCAACAGGACGUUUCACAGCCAUUAAAACCUGCUGUCAAUUCUAAGACAAAGAUAGAAUUAAAGAAACGUAAAGAGAAAGAGAAGAAGAAAAGUAAUCUUGAACUUUUUAAAGAAGAAUUAAAAAAACAGCAAGAAGAAAGAGAAAUUCGUCACAAACUAAAAAAGGGUGAUAUCAGUGAUAUUCCUAGUGAAGUUUUUGAUAAUUUUCCAACAUUGUUGGCUACUCCACAAAAAGAUGAGCCUUAUACAUAUGGUUCUUAUGAUACCGGUGAUCCUAAUACCACAAAUCUUUAUAUUGGAAACAUAAGUCCUGAGAUGAAUGAAGAACAAUUGAUGAAAUUGUUUGGGCAGUUUGGCCCUUUGGCAAGUGUAAAAAUUAUGUGGCCUAGGACUGAAGAGGAAAAAUCUCGAAAUAGAAAUUGUGGUUUUGUUGCAUUCAUGAAACGAAAAGAUGGUGAUAAGGCUAUCAGUGCCCUCAAAGGCAAAGACAUUAAAGGAUACGAAAUGAAACUUGGUUGGGGUAAAGCUGUUCCUAUCCCUCCACAUCCUAUUUAUAUCCCCCCAGAAAUGCAAGAGGCAAACAAGCCACCUCCGCCGUCAGGUUUACCAUUCAAUGCCCAACCUGGAAAAGUGAAAGAAAACGAUGAACAAUCAGAGAUAAUUGAUAUGAACGGCAUUAGUAGUAAGACUCUAGCCAACGCAGUUGUCAAAGUUGUUAUCCCGACAGAAAGGCCAAUUCUUCAUUUGAUUCAUCGAACAAUCGAAUUUGUGAUUUUGGAAGGACCCAUAUUUGAAGCAAUGAUAAUGAACAGAGAACUGAAUAAUCCACAAUUCAGAUUUCUUUUCGAUAAUCAAAGCCCGGAACAUAUUUACUAUCGAUGGAAACUAUUUUCAAUACUUCAAGGAGAUAGUCAGACGAAAUGGAAAACGAAGGAAUUUCGAAUGUUCAAGAAUGGAUCUGUAUGGAGACCUCCAAAUUGUACGUCAUAUAUUGGCGAAGAAGUCGAAGAAACUGUCGUAGAAACUGUCGUGGAAAAAAAAGAAGAGAAAAAAGUGGAGCCUUCAAAGCCUUCUAGGUCUACAAAAAAAGGACUGCUUAGUGACAGAAAUAGAGACAAACUCGAAAACAUGUUACGAGAACUUGUUCCCGAACGAAGUAAGAUCUCAGAAUUUAUGACUUGGUGUAUUGAUCACGCCGAUGCAGCUGACGAGAUCUGUGAUUGUAUGUCUGAAGCUUUAUCGAUUCUCGAGACACCUCCUAAUGUUAAGGUCGCUCGUUUAUUUGCUGUCUCUGAUGUUUUAUACAACUGCACUGCAAAAGUUCGCAAUGCUUCAUUUUAUCGAAGAAGUUUUGAGAGAAAAUUACCGGAAAUUUUCGAACGUUUAAAUGAAACAUUUCAAGCUGUAAAGACCAGAAUGAAAGCUGAACAAUUUAGGAAACAAGUGCUGAAAUGCUUGGCAGCAUGGACAUCUUGGGCAAUCUAUCCUCCGGAUUUUUUAGUAAAUCUUCAAAACAUUUUUCUUGGUCAGGGUCAGAAAAGUAUAACUGAUCAGUUCAUUGUGAGUCGAAGUCGUAACAUUUUUGACAUGGAACAUGACGAUGAUGUCGAUCUUCCAUCUGAUAUUGACGGAUUCCCUUUAAGUAAAAAUUCUUCAGAUAUUGAUGGUGUACCUUUGGAUGAUCUUGAUGGUGUCCCGAUGGAUGAUAUCGAUGGAAAACCAUUAAAAGUGUCCCCCACACAUAUACCUUCAAAAUGGGAUAAUCCAGAAAUAACAUCGAAAUGGGACAACAGCGAUACAAUGGAAUCUAAAUGGGAGAGAAUAAAAGAUCAAACAAGCACAAGUGAAGUUCCCAAAGAAAUCUCCGUCGAGGCAACAGCUUUAAAGGAUAGAGACGAAGAAAAACGAAAACGUUUGAGAGAGGUUGAAAUAAAAGUUGCAAAGUAUUCUGACAAGUUAGAAUCCAGCGGCAAAGAAACGCCUCAUAGUAUUAAAGAAAAAGUUGAACAAUACAGGCAACAGCUGCUCGAGGAAAGUGAACCACGGAAAUCUAAGAAGAAAAAACGCCAUUCAUCGCCAUCAGAAAAACGAAAAUCUCGAAGUCGAUCUUUAAGUGUUUCUCGUGAUUCUUCGUCGUCAUCAAGUCCAACACCUCCUAAUGCUCUCACCAAAUCUAUGCAGUCUUUAAAAGGAUACGAUUCGCCGUCAUCUUCACCUCGGAACAGGUCUCCCUCUCCAUCAGCUGAAAAAAGACGUCGUGAUAGCUCGCCGCGGAGAAAAUCAUCAAAGAAGAGACGCUCCAAGUCAAGAUCUCCCAAGAGCAUGAAAAAAGCAAAACGGAAAGAUAGAAGUCGUAGUCGCAGUCCUUCUAAAAGCUCGAAAAAAUCAAGAUAAACUUAGUGAGGCUUUAGUUGUAGAAUCACAUGUGUUACAUCUUAAAAUAGCACGUAACUGUACUGAUUUUUAUUUUAAUGAACCUUGAAUAUUAUUCAUCGAUUUUUCAGGUUCAUUUUAACGAAAACUUUCAGCUCUCCUAAACUAUUAUAAAACAUGUGCUCAACAAUGCCAAUAAAUCCACGUUGACGCUUUCAGUAUGUUGCAAUUAUAGUAGUUCAUUUGAAGUAGGUAAAAUUAUUAUGUACUAACAUGUAACGUUAAUUACAUACAGUGCUUCAACAUGCUUGAA